AACCAUGUCCACGUUUGAACGUAACAUACGUACCGACAAGUCGUUCGUGGACAUGGCUACCUUAAAAAACAUGUUCUGUUGUUGAGCAAGAAUCUGGAGUUCAAUCAAGGUCAAUGUUUUCUCGCGUAAAAUUAGUAAAUGUGUCGAAAACACUUGACGAGCGACUUUACGAUAAAUGAACGAAAAAGUAUUCUGAAUCAAUCGUUGUAGCAAACUGACAAGACAAACGUGGUGCAAUUUAUCUUCUUGCCCCGUUUUAACAUUCUAAAAUCAAAAUGCUGAGGCUAUUAAAAUUCUUAAAAACUUCGUCUCUGAGAAAUAAGACGCCUCUGCAGCAAGAUUUCAAAUAUCGCACGUUUCAUUCCUCGAAGAGAGCUAAAUCAAGCGUUCUACAUUCGCCCAAGGAACUGCCACAAGAGGAACUGGGCAAAUUCAAGAGGGGCGCAAUUCUUAAUGGAUUCAUAGUAGAUGAAGUUACAAAAAUAGACGAGCUAUUUCUCACAGCAGUAAGAUUGACGCACAUGAGCACAGGUGCGCAGUAUCUGCACUUAGCAAGAGACGAUAACAACAAUGUGUUUUCUAUCGGAUUUCGUACGACUCCCAAAGAUUCAACCGGAUUGCCUCACAUACUGGAACACACCACGCUGUGCGGCAGUGAGCGAUAUCCGUGUAGAGAUCCGUUCUUCAAGAUGCUGAGAAGAUCUCUGGCAACGUUUAUGAACGCCAUGACUGGACCGGACUAUACUAUAUAUCCAUUUUCCACACAAAACUUGAAGGACUAUCGUAAUCUGCAGUCGGUUUAUUUAGACUCGGUUUUCAAGCCGAAUCUACGAGAGUUGGACUUUCGACAGGAAGGAUGGAGACUGGAGCACACGGACGUCAACGACAAGAAUUCUCCCAUCACAUUCAAAGGUGUGGUCUUCAACGAGAUGAAAGGUGUCUUUAACGACAAUCAAUCUAUUCUGGCGGAACGUUUGUUGAACUCACUUCUACCAAGCAACACGUAUUCAGUCAUUUCCGGCGGCGAUCCUCUUGUCAUACCGAAUCUGCAGUACGCAGAUCUUCUUAAUUUCCACGCGAAAUAUUAUCAUCCAUCCAAUUCGCGCUUCUAUUCGUACGGAAACUUUCCGCUGGAAGAUCACUUGAAAUUCAUCAACGAUCGAUAUCUGUUUCUAUCCGACAGGAUAGAUCCUUCCAUGUCGGAAGUGCCGUCAGAAAAUCGGUGGAACAAAGCUAAAAAGGAACACAUCGCGUGCAGACCAGAUCCACUGCUUGCCGAUCCCAGUAGAAAUAGCACUAUCGCCAUCGCGUGCUUGUGCAACGACAUAACCGACAUACAGACGACUUUUGAGAUGUAUGUGCUGUCGGAGCUGUUGCUGAGAGGACCGAAUUCAGCGUUCUAUAAAUCUCUGAUCGAGUCGAAUAUAAGCACCGGGUUCGGACCGGUCGUGGGUUUUGAUUCGCAGUGCAGAGACACGAUGUUCAGCGUAAGCCUGCAGGGUGUGAAACCUGAAGACUUCGAGAAAAUUGAAACAAUAUUCGACGACACCGUGGAGAAAGUUAUUGAGCAGGGAUUCGAGAAGGAUCACAUCGAAGCCGUUUUGCACGGCUUCGAGCUUCAAGUAAAGCACCAAACGUCGAACUUUGGUCUGAACUUGCUCUUUAAUCUGACACCGUUGUGGAACCACAACGGCGACUUGGUACAGUCGUUGAGAAUCAACGACGCAGUCAAGAAAUUCACAUCGCGAAUAAACGAGAAUCCCAGGUAUCUGCAGGAUCUGAUUGAAACUUAUCUUAGAAAUAACAAUCAUAGAUUGACACUGACAAUGUCGCCUGACGAGAAGUACGAGGAAAAAAUAGCGCUUGCCGAGCAGAAGUUGUUGCAAGCCAAGUUGAAUGAACUUACCGAGGAAGAAAAGGAAUAUGUAUACAAAAAUGGCCAAAUCCUGCUUGCCGAGCAACAGAAAAAAGAGGACGUCGGAGUCUUGCCGACGCUGAAGAUAGAAGACUUGAAGGCUGACGUUGACAGAUACAAGACGUUCAAUUUAAAGAUAUCCGGAGUGCCUCUUCAGUUGUCCAUACAGCCGACGAAUGGUAUCUCCUAUUACCGAGGGAUACUCAAUACGAAGGCGCUUCCGACCGAAUUGAAGCAACUGAUGCCACUGUUCAAUUAUGUAGUCGCGAAGAUGGGCACGCAAAAUUACGAUUACAGAAGCUUCGAUCAGUUGAUGCGGUUGAAGACUGGCGGCUUGCACUUCGCAAAUCAUAUUGCCGAACACAAAGAAGAAAAUCUGAAAUACGAGGAAGGGAUAUUCGUGUCGUCGUAUUGUCUGGAUCGCAAUUCGGACGACAUGUGGAAACUAUGGACGGAACUGUUCAACAAUGUUAAACUGACCGAUCUUCAGAGGUUCGAAACGCUCGUAAAAAUAAUCGCAGCCGACUUGGUCAACGGUAUCUCGCAUUCCGGUCACCUCUAUGCGAUGAGCAGCGCUGCCAGUCUGGUUUCCCCCAUAGCCCGAGUCAAGGAAAACCUGUCGGGUUUGCAGUACGUUGGAAGGAUGAAGAAAAUAGCUCAGAUACGCGACUUGACUAGUGUGAUGGAGAGUAUGCAGGAAAUAGCCAAAUACGUUCUGAACAAGCAGCAUCUGCGAUCGGCUAUUAACUUGGCCGAAGACCAUAAGAACGAUGUUGUCAACGGUAUUCAAACGUUCUACGAUUCGUUGAAAGGUGAUCCGAAGGAUUCUUAUAUAAUCACCAGCGAUCGGAGCAUCGAUGCGAAAGAAAGUGGCAAUCAUCACGUGCUACCGUACACUGUGAACUAUUGUUCCAAGGCUGUGCUGACGGUUCCUUACACAAAUCCGGAAUACGCCGCGCUACGCGUGCUCUCCAAAUUGAUCUCCUCGGUAUAUCUGCAUCCGGAAAUCCGAGAGAAAGGUGGGGCUUACGGCGGAGGCGCGAAAUUGACAUCCGAAGGAAUUUUUUCCUUCUACUCGUACAGAGAUCCAAACACCACUCGCACCUUCGACAUCUUCGACAAGACAUACGAUUUUCUAGUUAACUACCCGUUGCCGCAGAGUGACAUAGACGAGGCAAAACUAGGCAUCUUUCAACAAAUCGAUGCUCCCACUUCACCCAGUAAUCGAGGCAUGCUUAAAUUCACACAAGGCAUCACGGACGACGAUCUUCAGAAACAAAGGGAACGAUUGAAGGCUGUGACUAAGGAUCAGCUCUUGCACGUGGCUGAAAAGUAUCUGAAACCUGGUCAAGACGGUGUCAAAGUCGGUCGUGCGCUCAUCGGACCUCCCAAUGCUGACAUUUCAAAUAGGCAAACGGAAAAUUGGAUGGUGCUAAGUCAGGAGGAAACGGAUCAAGCGCGAGCUACUGAAUAAAUAAUUGUUGUUACUUUCAAAGCAGCAAAGCGCCUUCCAUUUCAUAUUAAAGUGCAAAUGUCUCUCGACGUGCCGUUCUCAAAUGUUUUUUUUUUCUAACAUGCAUUCACAUGUUAGAGACAAUUGAGUAUUAAAAGUAUUGAAGAAACUUAAUGCACGUUAAUAGUUAACGUAAUAAUGUUGUAAUUUAUGCUAUUUUGUAUAAAAUAUAUAUACAUAAAAAAAAUUUAAAAAAUGAA